ACGUAGAGAAAAGGCAAAUCCCAAUGAGAUCUUCUUCUAGGAUGGGGCACUCAGCCCAUCCCAUUUACGCUCUAGGCGUUAUCAUCAUGGCAACAAUGGUUGCAGCGUAUGAACCAGUCACAUAUAGCUUGCCUCCUCUCCCAUCGUACUCACCAUCUCCAAAGGUUGAGUACAAAUCUUCUCCACCACCGUAUGUUUACAGUUCCCCAUCACCAUCUCCAUACUACUCUCCAUCACCAAAAGUAGACUACAAGUCUCCUCCAUCACCGUAUGUCUAUAGUUCUCCACCACCACCUCCAUCAUAUUCUCCAUCACCAAAAGUAGACUACAAAUCCCCUCCACCACCAUAUGUCUACAGCUCUCCACCACCACCAUACUACUCUCCAUCUCCAAAAAUUGAAUACAAAUCUCCUCCACCAUCGUAUGUCUACAGCUCCCCACCACCACCUCCAUACUAUUCUCCAUCUCCAAAAGUAGAUUACAAAUCUCCUCCACCGCCAUAUGUCUACAACUCUCCACCACCACCACUUUACUACUCACCAUCUCCAAAGGUUGAGUACAAGUCUCCCCCACCACCAUAUGUCUACAGCUCCCCACCACCACCUCCGUACUACUCCCCAUCACCAAAAGUAGACUACAAGUCUCCUCCACCACCGUAUGUCUACAGCUCUCCACCACCACCAUACUACUCACCAUCCCCUAAAGUUGAGUACAAAUCUCCUCCACCACCGUAUGUCUACAGCUCUCCACCACCACCUUACUACUCACCAUCUCCAAAGGUUGAGUACAAGUCUCCCCCACCACCAUAUGUCUACAGCUCCCCACCACCACCUCCAUACUACUCCCCAUCACCAAAAGUAGACUACAAGUCCCCUCCACCACCGUAUGUCUACAGCUCUCCACCACCACCAUACUACUCACCAUCCCCUAAAGUUGAGUACAAAUCUCCUCCACCACCGUAUGUCUACAGCUCUCCACCACCACCUUACUACUCACCAUCUCCAAAGGUUGAGUACAAGUCUCCCCCACCACCAUAUGUCUACAGCUCUCCACCACCACCUCCAUACUACUCCCCAUCACCAAAAGUAGACUACAAGUCCCCUCCACCACCGUAUGUCUACAACUCUCCACCACCACCAUACUACUCACCAUCCCCUAAAGUUGAGUACAAAUCUCCUCCACCACCGUAUGUCUACAGCUCUCCACCACCACCUUACUACUCACCAUCUCCAAAGGUUGAGUACAAGUCUCCCCCACCACCAUAUGUCUACAGCUCCCCACCACCACCUCCAUACUACUCCCCAUCACCAAAAGUAGACUACAAGUCCCCUCCACCACCAUAUGUUUACAGCUCUCCACCACCACCAUACUACUCGCCAUCUCCAAAGGUUGAGUACAAGUCUCCUCCACCACCGUAUGUCUACAGCUCUCCACCACCACCUCCAUACUACUCGCCAUCACCAAAAGUAGACUACAAAUCCCCUCCACCACCAUAUGUCUACAGCUCACCACCACCACCAUAUUAUUCACCAUCUCCAAAGGUUGAGUACAAGUCUUCUCCUCCACCAUACGUCUACAGUUCUCCACCACCACCUUAUUACUCACCAUCUCCUAAGGUAGACUACAAGUCUCCUCCACCACCGUAUCUUUACAGUUCCCCACCACCACCAUACUACUCACCAUCUCCUAAAGUUGAGUACAAAUCUCCUCCACCACCGUAUGUCUACAGUUCUCCACCACCACCACCAUAUUACUCACCAUCACCUAAGGUUGAAUACAAGUCUCCUCCUCCACCAUAUGUCUACAGUUCUCCACCACCACCAUAUUAUUCACCAUCUCCUAAGGUUGUAUACAAAUCUCCUCCACCACCAUAUGUUUACAGUUCGCCUCCACCACCAUAUUAUUCACCUUCUCCAAAGGUAUACUACAAGUCUCCUCCACCACCGUAUGUUUACAGUUCCCCACCACCACCAUAUGUUUACAGUUCCCCACCACCACCAUACUACUCACCUUCCCCUAAAGUACACUACAAGUCUCCUCCACCACCAUAUGUUUACAGCUCCCCACCACCACCAUACUACUCACCUUCUCCUAAAGUACACUACAAGUCUCCUCCACCACCAUAUGUCUAUAGCUCUCCACCACCGCCAUACUAUUCACCAUCUCCUAAAGUUCACUACAAAUCACCACCACAUCCACAUGUGUGCGUAUGUCCACCACCUCCUCCAUGCUAUUCUCCUUCACCAAAAAUAGUAUACAAAUCUCCUCCAACACCAUAUGUUUACAACUCUCCACCACCACCAUACUACUCACCUUCCCCUAAGGUGCACUACAAAUCCCCUCCACCACCAUACGUCUACAGCUCUCCACCACCACCACCAUACUACUCACCUUCUCCAAAGGUUGAGUACAAGUCUCCUCCUCCACCAUAUGUCUACAGUUCUCCACCACCACCAUACUACUCACCUUCCCCAAAGGUACACUACAAGUCUCCUCCACCACCAUAUGUUUACAGUUCACCCCCACCACCACCAUACUACUCACCAUCACCCAAGGUAGAAUACAAAUCUCCUCCACCACCAUAUGUUUAUAAUUCUCCACCACCACCAUAUUACUCACCUUCCCCUAAGGUUUACUACAAGUCUCCUCCACCACCAUAUGUUUACAGUUCUCCACCACCACCAUAUUACUCACCUUCCCCUAAAGUUUUCUAUAAGUCUCCUCCACCACCAUAUGUUUACAGCUCCCCACCACCACCACCAUACUACUCACCUUCCCCUAAGGUUGAGUACAAGUCUCCUCCACCACCGUAUGUUUACAGCUCCCCACCACCACCACCAUACUAUUCACCUUCCCCUAAGGUUGAGUACAAGUCUCCUCCACCACCGUAUGUCUACAGCUCCCCACCACCACCAUACUAUUCACCAUCUCCUAAAGUUGAAUACAAAUCUCCACCACCACCAUAUGUCUACAGCUCUCCUCCACCACCACCAUACUACUCACCAUCUCCUAAAGUAGACUACAAGUCUUCUCCACCACCAUAUGCCUACAGUUCCCCACCACCACCUUAUUAUUCUCCUUCUCCUAAAGUUGAGUACAAGUCUCCACCACCAUCGCCUUCGUAUUACUGAAAACCAGUAAAUGUGUUUCUAAAAUAAACUAUUGAGUUUUAUCCAAAAUGUAUGCAAUUAAUUUCAGUUUUCCCUGGAUUUGUUGUUUACAACACCUUCAUAUGUUUUCCUUUUUAUUUUAUUUUCACAGAGAUCGCUUUGCGGUCUAUUUGUAACCCUUGCAAAUUCCGUUUAUGUAUUGUGUAUUCUUGACAUGAUACUUUUGGAUACCUA